GCUGUUAUCUCAGAGGCAUUUCCAACAUGGCGUGGACCCCACUAUGGCUCCCUCUCCUCAUUCUCUGCACAGGUUCUGUGGCCUCUUCUAAAGUGACUCAACCAUCUAUAAUGUCUGUGACCUUGGGGCAGACAGCCAGGAUCACCUGCCAAGGAGAACCCUUAAAGACUAAAUAUGGUAGCUGGUACCAGCAAAAGUCAGGCCAGGCCCCUGUAACAGUCAUCUAUGGUAAAAACAACAGGUCCUCAGAAAUGCCGGACCGAUUCUCUGCCACUGCUCCAGACGACAAGUCCAUUCUGACCAUUAGUGGAGCUCAGCUUGAGGAUGAGGCUGACUAUUACUGUGCAGUGUGGGACGAAACUGAUAAGGCUCACAUGUUCGGAGGAGGGACGAGGCUGACCGUCACAGGUGGGCCCAAGUCAGCACCCUCAGUCACACUGUUCCCACCAUCCACUGAGGAACUCAGCACCAACAAGGCCACACUGGUGUGUCUCAUCAGUGACUUCUACCCUGGCAGUGUGACUGUGGGCUGGAAGGAAGAUGGCACCACCAUCACCAAAGGGGUGCAGACCACCAAGCCCUCCAAGCAGAGCAACAGCAAGUACGCAGCCAGCAGCUACCUGAGCCUGACAGCCAGUGACUGGAAAUCUCAUAGCUCAUACAGCUGCCAGGUGACGCAUGAAGGCAGCACCGUGGAGAAGACAGUGCGCCCCAGCUGAGUGUGAAGUCCCAGGCCCUCCUCGCCCCCAUACUUGAGGAUGGCUACACAGGACCCUGGGUGGGUCUCUCCUUCCACCUUAACCAUCCCCACCUCAUCUGCCUGGAUUCAACCAACUCUCAAUAAAAUGUCUUCACUUUAAUCAUA